AUGCUCAACGUCUUCAAGAAGUUGUCCUUACAAGGGGCAAAUAGAGACGACUUGAUUUACACCAAGAUUCCAAAAGACGAAGAAAUUGCAGGCCGCGAAAGCGAAACAUCCAAGACUAUCCUCCGGCGCGAACCUUCAAUCACAAAAAGAGCCUUCGUCAUUGCAGCACGCCUCAUUGUCACCCUUCUCGCUGUAUAUGGCCUUUUUACUUUGCUGGCAUCCCACUUUCCUUCUACGUUCAAGUCUCAUUCGCUGUCUUGCAACUGUGGUGAUACGAUAGAAGAAGCGAGGGCUAGAGGAUGCGUUUACGAUUCACUCGCAGCAGCAUGGCUACCAAAGCACUGCCGUUCCCCAACACUGACUGCGGAGUUCGAAGCUUUGGGCCCUAAUGAGCCAGACACGACCGGCAACACCUGGGGAUACUGGCACGAUCAAAACCAAACACACCCAAUGACACUGGAAGAGGUCAGUCAGCUUCCAGAGGCUGCAAGACACGGUCAGCAUGCGCGUUUCUUCACUACGCACGAAUGGCACCUGGUUCAUUGCGUCUUUUACUGGCGCAAGAUGUGGGAAGCGGCUCGGUGUGCCAAGGGGGUGAAGGGCGCUGCCUGUGGCGAGAAUGGUGUACUGGUCAUUGAGAAGCGAUAUGAUACUCUCAUGCACAUCAACCAUUGCAUGACAAUGAUGCUCCUACGAGAUCCUCUCGACAAAAUCGCUGCUGAGGCUGGUGUUGCACUGCACUCAGACGAGUUGCACGUCGCGAAACCUCACAAGCAUGAAAGCACAGAUGGUCAUCACGGUACGGCUGUUGGAGGAGCCAAGUCGGGAGAUCCAUAUGACAAGAUGGACACAGAGCAUAAACAUGGCCAAAAAACAUCAAAUGGUCAAUACUGA